CCUGGCCUCUGUGUCGCCGGUCCAUGCUGGGGCCGCCAGCGCCCCCCGCCCCAGCUGCUGCCGCCCCACCCCGGGGCCCGUGCGGGCGCCACCAUGGCGCCCCUCCUCGCCCUCCUCCUGCAUUGGCUGCCGCUGGCCGCCGCCGACUAUGACAUCUGCAAGUCCUGGGUGACCACGGACGAGGGCCCCACGUGGGAGUUCUACGCCUGCCAGCCCAAGGUGAUGCGCCUGAAGGAUUACGUCAAGGUGAAGGUGGAACCUUCGGGCAUCACCUGUGGGGACCCUCCAGAGAGGUUCUGCUCCCACGAGAACCCCUACCUCUGCAGCAACGAGUGCGACGCGUCCAACCCGGACCUGGCGCACCCGCCGCGGCUCAUGUUCGACAGGGAGGACGAGGGACUGGCCACCUACUGGCAGAGCGUGCCCUGGAGCCGCUACCCCAGCCCGCUGGAGGCCAACAUCACCCUGUCGUGGAACAAGAGCGUGGAGCUGACCGACGACGUGGUGGUGACCUUCGAGUACGGCCGGCCCACGGCCAUGGUCCUGGAGAAGUCGCUGGACAACGGGCGCACGUGGCAGCCCUACCAGUUCUACGCCGAGGACUGCAUGGAGGCGUUCGGGAUGCCCGCGCGGCGCGCGCGGGAGCUGGCGGCGUCGGGCGCGCACCGCGUGGUGUGCACCGAGGAGUACUCGCGCUGGGCCGGCUCCAAGAAGGAGAAGCACGUGCGCUUCGAGGUGCGCGACCGCUUCGCCAUCUUCGCGGGCCCUGGCCUGCGCCACAUGGACAACCUGUACGCGCGCCUGGAGAGCGCCAAGGGCCUCAAGGACUUCUUCACGCUCACCGACCUGCGCAUGCGCCUGCUGCGGCCUGCGCUCGGGGGCACCUACGUGCAGCGCGAGAACCUCUACAAGUACUUCUACGCCAUCUCCAACAUCGAGGUCGUGGGCAGGUGCAAGUGCAACCUGCACGCCAGCCUGUGCUCGGUGCGGGAGGGCAGCCUGCAGUGUGAGUGUGAGCACAACACCACGGGCCCCGACUGUGGCAAGUGCAAGAAGAACUUCCGCACCCGCUCCUGGCGGGCCGGCUCCUACCUGCCGCUGCCCCAUGGCUCGCCCAACGCCUGUGCCGCUGCGGGCUCGGUCGGCAACUGCGAGUGCUACGGGCACUCCAACCGCUGCAGCUACAUCGACUUCCUCAACGUGGUGACGUGCGUCAGCUGCAAACACAACACGCGGGGCCAGCACUGCCAGCACUGCCGCCUGGGCUACUACCGCAACGGCUCGGCCGAGCUGGACGACGAGAACGUGUGCAUCGAGUGUAACUGCAACCAGAUCGGUUCCGUGCACGACCGGUGCAACGAGACGGGCUUCUGCGAGUGCCGCGAGGGCGCGGCGGGGCCCAAGUGUGACGACUGUCUCCCCACGCACUACUGGCGGCAGGGCUGCUACCCCAACGUGUGCGACGACGACCUGCUGCUGUGCGCCAACGGAGGCACGUGCCUGCAGAACCAGCGCUGCGCCUGCCCGCCCGGCUUCGGCGGCGAGCGCUGCGAGCGGCCCCGCUGCGAGCCCGACUGCGACGGCGCGCCCGGCGGCCCGCGCCCCGCCACGCUGCUCGGCUGCCUGCUGCUGGGGCUGGCCGCCCGCCUGGCCCGCUGA